AUGGUAGCUAAAGAGUUUAAUGACGUUCUUAAAGUAGAAGACGACGAAGCAGAAGAAACACUUUCUCUUUGCGAUCUUGUAAUAAACAGCAACACAGAAGACUACAACUGCAAGGAUGACGAAUUCUCCAUUGAAGAUCGACAAGAAUUAAGCUCAUCAUCUGAAGAUUUCUUCGAGUUCUCAAGUGAAGAAUAUUUCACAUCUUCAACUAAUAAUUAUCCAACAGACGACAUCAUCUUUUGCGGAAAACGCAUCCCCAACAAGCAACAUCAUGUUCCUGAACAAACCCGGCUCAUAAACGACACCGUUCUCAAGCAACAAAAACUCCUUCAUAAAAAAUCGUCAAUAAUUAAUUACAAGCCAUUACCCUGUGGAAAGUCAAAGUGGUAUUUAUUUGUGUUUGGAUAUGGAAGGUUUCCUUCGGAAAUGGAGCUGAGAGAUAUAAAGAACAGACAGAGUAGUCGGACGAAUAAUGUGAAUGCAGCUGCAACAAUGUUGCGAUCCAACAGCAACAAUGGAGGCGAUCAAAUGAGUGAUAAGAGGAGUCAUAAAAAGAGAUUGUGGAGAUUGUUUAGCGUUUUGGGGUGUAAGAACCUGAUAGCAAACGCUGUUGCUGCUAAGGCCUCGUUUGGCUUGCGUUCUCCAUGUUUAUGA